AGACACUACGCUCAAUGAAAACAAGAAAUCUUGUGUGAGAAAAAAUUAAAGAAGUCGAGUUCCGCUCUAAGUACUUCCUUUCUUUUAUAGAAUUUAGCAACAAUGGCUAAAAGAACCAAGAAGGUUGGCAUUGUUGGUAAAUAUGGUACUCGUUAUGGUGCCUCUCUCAGAAAAACAGUAAAAAAGAUGGAGAUCACUCAGCACAGCACAUACACUUGUCCCUUCUGUGGAAAGGAGUCAAUGAAACGCAAGGCUGUGGGAAUUUGGAAAUGUGGCAGAUGUUCUAAAACAGUAGCUGGUGGCGCUUGGGUUUAUUCAACAACUGCUGCUGCUCAAGUACGUAGUGCCAUUCGUCGUCUUAGAGAAUUGAAAGAGAUCUAAAAUAAAGUUUUUUUAAAAAUUAAA